AAAUAAUAAAACGAAAAAGGACUUUCAUUCCCAACAACCCCCGCCAAAGUUGAGUUGGGGCUUCCAAAACUCUGAUUUAUUGUAUGGCUCUUUUAAUUGGGCCGAAAUCCUUGAAGCCCUUUUAGUUGGGCCCAAUGAGCUGAAGCCUUAAUAAAUGCAGUACAUUACAGUUGGAAAAUAAACCCGGGUUUAUUUAUAGCCUUCCAAGUCGAAAGAGCGCGCUAAUCUGUCAUUAACGUCCUCCCCCCGCCUCUUCAAACUUGGAAAUCUAUAAAUAAUAUUCAAAUACAGUGUGCCUCAGACCACUGUACCGAGCGACGAGCUCUCUCACAACUCGCUUGCACCUCUGCAAUCUCUCUCGCUCUCUCAUAUACGACUUUGAAAUCUUUACUGUCUGUUUGCAGAGUAUAAUAAGAUCUACAAGUCUGUUCAUAUGGCAGAAUCAAAGAAGGCGAUAUCUUCCUCUGUUAAUCCAAAAGAAAAAAGUUCACUUCCAGAUGAGGAAAUUGGUAAUGAAUUUCUCAGCUCCUGGAAAUCAAUGUCAGUAAUGGAAGACGAUGAAAUGGAUUUUAGCUUUGAUACGGUUUCCAAGGGCAAGAAGAAAGUGUUUGAUUUUGAGAAGCUGGAUAUGGAUUUCAAUCUAGAUGGUGACUUUAAUAAGUUAUCAUCUUUCAAAAUGGACAUGCCAGACCUUGAUUUCUCAAGCCCGCCCAAGAAAGCUGCAAAAACCAAGGAGAGAUCUGAAGAAGAACCUUCCAGAGGAAAUCGUCAAGGGAAACAAGACCGUUUCAAAUUCUCUUUUGAUUUCAAUGAGUUGGAUAAUUUCGAUUUUGAUUCAAGCUUAAAGAAAAGUGAAAAUAGUUCUAAUAAGAAUCAAGAGAGCAGCAAAGAGGUUGUUUCUGAUAGAAGUGGGUCUCAAAACUCUAAAAUUGACCCGGCUGAAGAGAUUAGUACACUUGAUGGUGAUUCUGAGAGAGUGGCCACUUCAAAGGUUGAUACUACAUUACUUGUUUCAGGCAAUGGUAAUUCUAUGAAUGAUGAUUGUGCAUCAAAAUCUGAGACCUCAGAAAAUCUGGAACUGCCAUAUGGUCCAACGUCUCCUGAACAAGUAAUGACUAAGAGGGUAGAAGAAUCAGAUCAAGAAAUUCAUUUAUCUGAGAAGGCAAUGCCAACAGAACCAUAUGCUAAUCAGGCAACACAUGAUUUGCCUCAUCAACUUGUAGGAGGAGUUGAUUCAAAUGGAGAUACUGUUUUUGAAGGAAAAAAUGAUGACUAUUCUCAUAUCACAAACGUAAAUACCUUUUCAAGUGGAAAAGAAGAUGUUAAUGAGAAAAUGCCAAUAAGAGACGGUCCGGAUCAUGAAGACUCCCAUUUGAAGGAUUCAUCUCCAAUGAAUAUCGCUGGUUCGGGGAGUAAUAAUGGUGGUAGGAGCAAGUCAGGCAGUGAUAUCUUGACAGAAAACUUUGAACCCGCUAUAGAUGAUUCAGAUCUUGAAGACAAUUCCAAUUCAUUGGUCUCAAAGGAGACACCACAUAACAUCAAAAGUAUGAAGGAAGACCAAAAUUCAACUGGAAAGCUUCCCUUAUCCAUGCAGGGCAGUGAAUCUGCAGUUGAUGAAGUUACACUGACAAAUGAAAUAAAAUCCAGGCACUUCCACUCAAAUGUUUCUAAGAGAUUGGAGGAAGCUGGAUCUCAAUUGUGUCAGCCAUCAUUAAAAGGAGCAAAAUCUCUCUCGUCUGGAAUCAAAAGAAUUGGUAUCAUGCAUCCACAUCCUGCAAUUGAGCAAGGGGAGGACUUCAAUUCUGCUGGUGUACCAAAUAAGGCCAAACUGGUUGGGAAUUCACUCUUGUGUAAUAAAGAAGUAACAGAAAGGGAACCUGUCCUAGGAAGUGGACAGAGAAAAAGUCUUAAUGAUCUCAGGCAUGUGGAAAUUUCUUCCAGUCAGGCUAGUCCUUCCAGCUCAAGUGAGAAGACAAGUAAACCUAGUACUCAGACAUGUGUCAAUUCAAAAUUCAUGCUGUCGAGCCUGGAGUCUAUGAGGAACACUAAGAUCAUUACAGCUGAAGGGAAUAAACUUUUUACUGAUAAACCUGCCAAGAAGAAAACUGAACUUUCUACCUUGAACAUUUCAAAGAAGAUUGGUGGCAAUAAAGUUUCAUUUAAUGCUGCAUCUCAAAAAGAAGUAAAAUCCCUGAGUUCAGAGAAACACAUGGAAGUACAAAGCAAUGUGGAAUUGAAGACUGCCCAGAUUGUUGAUCGCAGUGAGAAACAAAUGCCACCAAACCUUUCCUUGAAGCGAAAAACAUUUGAGGGAUCAGACUCGGGUUUAGCAUCUUUAAAGCCUCUAAAACGCCUCUCUCAGUCACCAAGUGAAAUCAGAAAUGUCACAGAACCUUCAAAAAGAGUUGUUGAAGAACAGGUUUACAUUCAUGAGAGUCAUUUGGAGACAAAGACUAAGAGCACUUUAGAUGACCAUCCAACCUCUGGGCUCGGUAGUCCUUGCUCGAAUGCAAUGGAGCUUGAAAUUCAUUCAAUAAUGGAAAAUGAUGGAAAUGUUGAAAAGGCUGAAGCAUACACUAAGGAGCUUGAAGAUAUAUGUAACAUGCUGAAAAAGAAACAUGAGGAAGCUAAAGAACUGCUCGUCAGAGCUGUUGUGAACAACAAUAAUCUGCUGAUGCUUAACCAUCCCAUCUACGACGCAAAGAUUCAUAAAGUUCAGAAAUUCGCCGCAAAACUGGUGUCCAAGGAGCUUCAGAAAUGUUCAAGAGCACCGACAGUUGUUAUAUAGGAUCAUGUUGCACAUUCUCUUCUUUUGUUCGGACUUCAAGGUCCUGAUACUCCAAGCAAUCCAGCAAUGCCAACAUUGUUGAAAACGCAAAUGUCAUGCUUCAUAGUUGAAUCAGGCGUUGCACUUGCAACUUCCCACUUGCAUGUCAAUUUUCAGACUCUUAAGAUCAUAGGGGGUGAAAAUAAUGAUGACAGCGAUGUAAAUGAUUAGUCAAUAGCCUCGUUUGUGUUCUAUGUAGUUGAGCAUCUCCUUUUCAUAUUUUUCCUUGGCUCUGUUCUUACCAGGAUGCAAACAGGUUAGAGAAUCGAUUGAGUAUAUAACUUGUACCUUUCAUGUGUGGAUGUGUGUGCAUGCUCACGGAACAGUUACGCUUAAAGAUCGUAUGACGUUCUGGUUUCUGAAUGAUAUAUACACAAGUGAUACCUAAAAACAUGUUCAUCUUCUUUUUUGUUGUUAUAUAAAUGCAU